UGCCUGGAGGAGUAGUCGGCAGUCGUGAAUUGCAGUAGGACUCUGUAACAGAACAUAAAACCAUUUUAAUUGGACAUUGAAAGGAGAGAGAUCGCAUAAAUCUACGCUAAACCCGCUAUGGCAGAGUCGGUGAAGGUGGCCGUCCGCGUUCGGCCUUUCAACUCGAGGGAGAGGGACCGAGCGGCAAAAUGUGUUCUCGAUAUGAUAGGAGCACUGACACAAAUCACAGAUCCAGAGAAUCCAGGAAACCCGCCAAAAGAGUUUACGUUUGACUUCUCGUAUUGGUCUCACGAUGGUUUUCACGAAGACGAAAACGGCUAUCUUGUCGCCGAUUCUGAUAAGUACGCCACACAACGCAAAGUUUUCGAUGACUUAGGUCAGGGUGUCUUGAAUAACGCUUUUGCAGGUUUCAACUGCUCAUUAUUUGCCUAUGGACAGACCGGUGCUGGAAAGUCAUAUUCCAUGGUGGGAUAUGGAAACAACAAGGGCAUUGUUCCCAUUACAUGCGAUGAGCUGUUUCAAGCGAUGGAAAAAGGAGCUGAGGGAGUUAAAUACCAAGUUUCAUUUAGUAUGUUAGAAAUUUAUAAUGAACAAGUGCGAGAUCUUCUAGUCAAGAGCAACCCCAAAGGUGGUUUGCAGGUGCGUCAAAACCCUAAGGAAGGGAACUUCUUUGUUCAAAAUCUCAAGAGAGUGGCUGUCGUUGAUUAUGCCGAUAUUGAACGAAGAAUUGAAGAAGGUACUGCUAAUCGAACAGUAGCAGCUACGCAAAUGAAUGCCACAAGUUCCCGUGCUCACACAGUGGUAACCAUCAUAUUUGAUCAGAUAAGCAAGAACGAGUCAGGACAGGAAACAAAGAAGAGUAGUAAUAUAAACUUGGUUGAUUUGGCAGGUAGUGAAAGAGCUGAUAGCACUGGUGCUACUGGUGACAGACUUAAAGAAGGAGCCAACAUCAACAAAUCCCUUUCAGCUCUGGGUAAUGUGAUCUCAGCCUUGGCUGACUUGUCCAUGGGUAAAAAGAAAGUGUUGGUACCAUAUCGAGACUCUGUUCUUACUAAACUGCUUCAGAAUGCUUUGGGUGGUAACAGUAAAACAAUCAUGAUUGCUGCACUGUCUCCAGCUGAUAUCAACUAUGAUGAAACACUGAGUACUUUAAGAUAUGCAGAUCGUGCUAAAAAAAUCAAGAACAAAGCAGUGGUUAAUGAAAAUCCAAUGGACAAGCUCAUCCGUGAAUUGCGAGAAGAAAAUGAAAAACUAAAAAAAAUGUUUGAAGGUGGAGGACUGCCAGAUCUUGGUGCUGGAGCUGGAGGAAUGAGUGAGGCUGAGAAAGAGGAAAUGCGGAAGCAGAUGAAAGAUGAACUCCUUGCACAGAUGGAAUUUAACGCACAGAGCAUGAUGAGCUGGGAUGAAAAGGUCCAGAUGUCUCAAAGUGAUUCCUCUGCAGGAGAACAAAGUGAAAAACAGAAGAAGGUACAAAAUGUGCCACACUUGAUUAACUUAAAUGAGGACCCCAUGCUGUCUAGAGUCAUCUUUCAUUUUCUGGAACAGGUGGAAACUAGGAUAGGAAGGAAAGAUGCUGAUCCUGUGCCUAACAUUCCUCUUACUGGCCUGAGUAUCUUGAAGCAUCAUGCCUUGGUUAAGACAGCAAAUAAUGAAAUAACCAUUGAGCCUGGAUCACCUGGGGCAAAGAUAAAAGUAAAUGGAAUGCCACUUACUGGAGAGCGUGUUCUCAAGCAUAAUGACCGAAUCUUGUUUGGUUCAAACCAUAUGUAUUUCCUGGUAAACCCAACCAACAAAGAAAAAAGUGAGGGAACUCCAGACAGUGUUGACUGGGAGUUUGCCCAAAAAGAGAUCGCUCAGGCUAAGGGUUUUGCUACUGGAUUUGGAAGUGGACUUUCCAAAGAUCAACAGCGUGCUCAGGAACAAGUGCUAGAAUUGCUUCCCAUCGUCAGUGAGGUGAACGCCAUCAGUGAAGAACUCAACAAGCACAAGACAUUUGAAGUUAUCCUGAUAUCAGGCGCAGCUCAGGGAGGUGAUUCAGAAACGAAGUAAGUUCCAUCAUUGCUUGGCAAGUCAUGUGAGCAGUGAGCAGUCAUGUUACUGUUAAGAAGUGUCCGAAAGCAAUGAGGCACUGAGCGGUACACUAGACUCACAGAUUUGUUAUGGUGAGAAAUAUGCGAUAAUUAAUGGGGAGAAGUGGUGUUACGAGUGUGGUUUACGGUUAAAGUUGUGUUAUUGGGGAGAUUUGAAACAAAGUCAAAAAUUAGCGUACAGUCCUCACUUGGUGCUUAUCUUACUAACUCGUGGAUAAGCCGCUGUUUAUUUCAAGUAAUAAUCUGUUGGUCAAGAAUCGGUCGAAAGUCCACCAAUGUUGUUGUUGUUGUUGUUCAUUUAUUUGUUUAAACAGGUUGAUUAAUUGGCAGCU